AUGAGUAGCUGCAGUCUUAAAUGUAGUAUAUUACCUUGUGUACAUAUAGAAAAUAAUAAGAAUGAAUUGCAUAUAGAAAAUUCAAAGGAUGAAAAUGGAAUUAAUAAUAUAAUUCAAGAGGAUCCAAAUAAUGGGCAUAACGAUAACAUUAAUAAUAAUGAUAUUAAUAAUAAUAAUAAUAAUAAUGAUAAUAAUAAUACAAUUGAUAAUUGUAUAUGUGAAAAGUCAUCUGAGGAAAUCAGUGUGCACACCGAAAAGUGUGUUCAUACUGUGUCUUUAGAUGUGAAUGUAAAAGAUUAUAAUUUUGAGGAAUUUAUAAAUUCCUUUGAAAGUGAUAGAAGGAAUAUAUUGUUAAAUACAUUUAAUUAUUUUUUUUAUAACAAUUUCGGAAAUUUAAGUGAAGUAAAAUUAAAAAAUGGAAGUAUUGCACAUAAUUAUUAUUAUAGAAAGAUAGCACUAAAUAUUAUGAAUUAUGAUUAUGAGAAAGAAUAUAGAUUAUAUGAUGAUAAUAGAAAGAUUAAUGAAAAUUCAAUAAUAAUGCAAUCGUCAGCAUAUUGCAUAAAUGAAGAAAAUAAUAGUAGACCACCUUUAUAUGAAGAUUUAUUUUUAAAGAAGACUAAAAUUACUAACAUUGAUGAUAAGAAUACAAAAGAGACAAUUAAAAAAUAUAAAUUACCAUUCGAACCUAAUUUUUAUAGUAAUCGUUUUUUUUUCUUAGAUAAUGAUAUGAAUGGAAGUUUACAUCAAUCUACAAAAAAUUGCACAAAGUAUUGCAAUUCUUUUGUAGUUAAUUAUAAUAAUGUAAGUAAUUGUAGAAAGAAGAAGAAAAAAAAUACAAACCCAAUCAUUUUUAAUAAUAUUAAUAAUAAUAAUAAUAAUAAUUGUGAUCAUGUGAAACCAUUGUGUUGUUCAUAUAUUUUACGAUUCGAGGGCCCUCCUCCACAUUUUUUAAUUAUUAAGUUUGACAAAGUUAAUAGAAAGGCCUAUAUAGUUAAAAGGGUACCAGUCAAUAAAAACAUUUCCUUUAAUUUGGCAAAAUUUAUAGCAGAAAAGUAUAUCAAUAUGUUAAGAAAAAACUUGAGGAAGAGAGAAAUAAAAAUGGAGAGGAAAAGAAAUAAUAACAUCUUGAAUAGUAGAACGAAGAGGGGUUCAAGUAAAAAGGAACAUAUUGAAUCGAAUAUGGAAAAUAAUAACGAUAAUAUUAAUAAUAAUGAUGAUGAUAAUAAUAGUAAUAAUAAUGAUGAUAAUAAUGAUAAUAUCAAUAAUAAUAAUGAUAAUAUCAAUAAUAAUAAUGAUAAUAUCAAUAAUAAUAAUAAUAGUAAUAAUAAUGAUGAUGAUCAUCUUGUUUGUAACAAUGAAAUAGUUCCUAAUAACGACUGUGGUACUAUAAAUAAUUAUAGUAAUAAUAGCAGCACGAAUUAUUCGUCGGAUUAUUCAUUUUCAAGAAAUGGAGAAGUGUUAAAUGAAUAUAAUGAAGAAGAUUUGAAUAAUUAUCUUCUGAAUGUGGAUAUAAAUUCUCUACCUUAUGAGGAUUAUAAUUCUGAAAAUUAUGUUAAUGAGAAAAUGUGUAAAAAUGAAUAUUUGGAUAUUGAUUUAGAAAAUCUAAUUUUUAGCAGGGAUGCUGAAAAGUAUAUAAAAUUUUUAAGUAAUGUGAAAAUAUAUUUUUUAAAAAAGUUAGAUGAUAUAGAUUAUUUUAAUACUAAUUGUAAAGAUCCAUUUGAAAAUAAAAUUGUGAUUAUAGUAAAAAUGAAAUAUGACAUUUGUGUUAAAUCUAAAGUGUUCAUAUUUGAAAAUAUGAAGGAUUUGGAAAGUGAAUAUGAAUACGUGGAUAUCGAUGAGAAUGAAAAGGAUAAUGAUAAUAUAUGUUUUAAGAAGGGAGGCGACAACACGUUUGUGUCUUUAUUAAAUGAUGAUGGGCAUAUGAAUGAUGCCAACAAUAAUAAUAAUAAUAAUAUUAAUUGUGGUGAUGAUGGUAAUAAUAAUAAUAAUAAUAAUAAUUCGUUCGAUGCAGAUAUCAAUUCGUCAAGCCAUGUAGGCAACGAACCAACAGGUGAUAAACAUGAAACUAGUAAGAAAGAAGAUACUGAAAAUGAGGAAGCGAUAAAUGCAAAAACAGAAGGAAAUUUUAUUACAAGAAACUUUUUUGGUUUAUUUAAAAAUGAAUGUAAUGCUAAUAAUGGUUCUGAUAAAGAACAUUUGAAAGAAGAAGAUGUGUGUAAUAAAAAUACAGAGGAAGAAGAAAAAAUGAAUAUAAUAAAAAGUGAUAAUGUCAAUAAUAAUAAUAAUAAUAAUAAUAAUAAUAAUAAUAAAAAAGAGAAAGGGAAAAAGAAGAAAGAAAAGGAUGCGGAUAAGAAUAAGAAACAUAAAAAAAAAAAUAUUCAUGAUAAUAAUAGAAAAAAAAAGAUGACUGUAAAUUAUAGGAAAAAAAUAAUUCAGUUUAUACGUAAUAAUAUAUAUAUAAAUUCUUACAUAUAUGAUUGUUUUGAAAAUAAAUAUACGAAUAAUAAAUUUUUUAAAGAUGAUGUAAUAAUAAUAAGGAAUACUAAAUCGGAAGAACAGGAAGAAGAAGAACACCAGUUAUCUUAUAAUGUACCAUAUUAUAUAUAUGAAUUGAAUAAAUUUGUAUUUAUAAAAUUUAUGAAAUUUGAGAAAUAUAUAAAUAAAAAUCAUGACAUAGCAAAUGGAUAUAUAAAAUAUUUGUUACAAAGUAAUAUUAAAUGUAUAAAUGGUUAUAUGAUAGGGAUUCGAUGGGUUCCCAAUGUAUUUGCUUAUGAAUAUUAUGUGUACAAAAUAACGGAGGAUGUAAAAAGUGACUUUAAAAAGGAAAAUGAAUACAUGAUUAAUAAUAAUAUGAAUGGUAACAAUAAUAAUAAUAAUAAUUAUAAUAAUGAUCGUUAUAAUAAUAGUCGUAAUUGUAAUACUAUAUAUAAUUAUUCUCUAGCAAUAGAAAAGGAUUCAAAUGAAAUAACAAUGAAAUAUUUAAUCGAUUACGAGAAUAAGGUAAUAGAUAAUGUAUUAUGUGUGUUACAUGAAUAUUACCAAACUAGCUUGUUCACUGAGCAUUGCAUAUUUAAUUUAUUUAAGUUGGUAUUAUUACGUGUAAGUUUAUAUAUUGGUGUGUUUAAUACAAAGGUGAUUACCUUAGAUUUGGAUAAGGCCAUGUAUCGAAUGAAAAAAUUUUCGGAGCCUAUUAGUAUGUAUGACAAUUAUGGGUUUUCAGAAAAUGACAAUAAUAUGUUAUUACAAGGUGGUGAUAUGUUGAACAUGGAGUACCUCAUGAACGAAGUUGAUAAUAACAACAAUAAUAAUAAUAAUAAUAAUAAUAAUAAUGUAAAUAAUAUUAGUAAUAAUGGGACCAAUUUGGAAGAAAAUGCAAAUAAUGCGAAUAAUGCAAAUAAUCCAAAUAAUGCGAAUAAUCCAAAUAAUGCAAAUAAUUCAAAUAAUGCAGAUUAUGUGAAUGAUUAUAACGAUGGUUAUAAAGAGGAAGAUGACGAUGAUGAGGAAGAGGAUAAUAAUUUAACAAAGAAAAAAGAUGAGGAGAAUACAAAUUAUAAUAUCAAUAUUAAUGGUGAAAAUAUGAAUAUGAAUUCGAAUAUGAAUGUUGAAGAAACUUUUGAUGAGACAAAGAAUAAAAAUAAUUUAAGAAUAACCUUUUCAUCUGUUCAUUUUGAUAAUGAAGGAAAUAAAAUUAGUGAUAAUAAUAUAUAUGAGAAUAGAGCUAAGCAUGUGUCUGAUAGUGACAUGAAUAAUAAUAAUAAUAAUAAUAAUAAUACUAAUAUAAAUUAUCCAUCUUCUCAUGAUAAAUAUAAUGAAUUAUUUGUAAAGAAUGAAAAAUGUGAGAGUGAAAGUUAUUUACCAAACAAGUUGAAGAAUAAGAAAAAGGUGAGUUACAAUUUGGAUAACACAUCUAUAUCAUUAAGAAAUAAAAGAAGUAGAGACGUUGGAAGUAAUCAAAAUUGUGAUCAUAAUAAUAAUAGUAGAGGAGGAGGAGGAGGAAAAUGUUAUGGAAUAUUAAAAGGUGAAGGGGAUCAAUUUAGUAUAAAAUAUUAUAGUACAUCAGCAAAUAAUACAUCAUCAACUCUUAUUAAUAAUAAAAAAGAGUAUUAUUCAAAUGCAAGUGAUUUUAGUGGAACUUCUCAUUUAACUGCUAAGCACAAAUAUCAUUUACGUAGUAGUAAUCCUCAAUCAACCGAUAAUUAUUCAUCAGAAGAAUAUAUGCAAAGGAGUAGUAUGCGUACACGAGGUGCAGAAAGGUCAGCUAAUCGAAAUAAGAUGUUAUAUAAGCUUAUGAAUAAAAAUGGUUUAAUUGAACCAUAUUGGUGGUUCUUUUAUAAUUUAUAUGAAAAUGCUUGUAUACACGAAGGAAGUACUAUAACAAAUAACAUGAACAAUAAUAAUAAUAAUAUUAAUGGUAAUAAUUAUAAUAAUUAUUAUUUUAAUAAAUAUAAUAAUAAUAAUAAUAAUAAUAAUAAUAAUAAUAAUAAUCAAAAGAAGGGAACUUGCGGGGAAGAUGCCUUAAAUGAAGAACAAAAAAGAAUUUUAGAAAAAAAAUAUAAGAUUAAUUUGUUAAAUCAUUUUUGCGCAAAGACCGAGAAAUUAAAAAUAAAAUAUAUAUCGAUGGUACACGAUAUUAUAUAUAAGAAAUAUAUGCUUUUAAAUAAUACUAUAUUCCCCCGAAAUUUACAUGAGUCAGAGAUAUUAUAUACAUUAUUUCCUCAUGAGCCUCAUACGUUUAUGUUUUUAUAUACGGAUGAUAAUUUUCAAUAUCAAAAUGAAGUAUUUUUGAAACAGAUAACCUUUAGUGAUAACAUAAAUUGGUAUCAUUAUCCCUUGGGUGGUCAAUAUAAUAACAUAGAUUUGUAUAAAAAUGAUGUGCAUGAUGAAAAGGAGAGAAUGGUAUUACAUAUAAAUGAUUAUUAUAAUGGUUUAGGAACAUCUCGAUAUGUGAUAGGUAAAGAUUUUUAUGUGGAUCAUUUAAUUAUGGGUGAUUCAAAGGAUAGCACAUCCAAUAUGUUAAUGAGUAAGAAUUUGAAAUAUUCGAAUUUGCCAAAUUAUGAAAAGGUACGAGCAAAUUAUAGAGAAGCUCAUUUACUUAAUGAAAAGGAAUGGAAAAAUAUUCAGAAUGGAGGAUAUUAUAAGACCAUGUUACAUUUAGGAGAAGACAUGGAACAUCCAUAUAAUUUUGGAGUAUAUCAAGAUCCUAUUACAUCAGCGUAUGAAACGAAUAGGAAUGAUUAUGGAUUUACAAAUGGAAUAUUGACAAAUAAAAUAUUGGAACCAUCUACUUCAUCGGCUGUAACAGCAGCAGUAGUAAGUAAUAAUACUGGAACGACUCAAAAUAAUAAUAAAUAUGGUACAAAUAGUAAUAAUAACAAUAAUAAUAACAAUAAUAACAAUAACAAUAAUAAUAAUAAUAAGGUGUUUACUUUUGAGAGACGUAGAAGAGGUGUGAAGACCAAUGAAUAUUAUGACUACUUUGUGACUGAUAAAACUUUGUUAGGAGGAAAAGGUAAGUUUCAUAAUGUGGGUGAAAAAAGAAGUGUUUCGAAUACAAAUUUUGGACGUAAUAAUAGAUAUUACGAUCAAAUGAUAGGAGAAGAUGAUGAUAAGAAAAAUACUAGUGAUAAUGAUUUAACUUCAUUAAAAAGAAGGAAGAAUGGAAAUAGUAAACGUGCAAAGAGUAAUAAUUUGUCGAAUGUGAAGGGUUACAGUAUAUACAAUGUUGAAAAUAAUGGUGACGCACAAGCUGAUAAUGGAAAUAACAAUGUGAACAAUAAUUUGAAGGGUAAUAUGAAGGGUAAUAAUUUGAACAGUAAUAAUAUUAAGAGUGAUGUCAUUAAUCAUGAUGAUUCGUUGAUACCUAUGGGACCUUUGCCUACAGGUGUAUAUUUCGACUCUGCUAGAAAAUUAUGGAGAUGUCAAUGGAAAGAAAAUGGAAAAUUUAAAACGAAAGGUUUUAGUUUAAUUCAUUAUAGUACACUUGAAGAGGCUCGAAAGCAAUGUAUUUUGUAUAGAUGUGAUGUAGGAAAUAUACCUGUAAAGAGUGAGUGGUUAAAUCCGGUAUAUGUAAGAUCCUCUUAUUUUUAUAGUAAGAAAUAUUCAAGUAGUGCACAUAAUGCGACAAGUGCAGGAACUAAUUAUACUACAACAGCUGCGCAUAGGGAGUUGAAAACAAGUUCAUUGAACUUGAGUCGAUUGAAAGAGAAGACAGGAGUAAGUCAAGGGGUAUCCACCGCGAAUAAUAAUGAUAAUAAUGUGAACAAUAUGGAUAAUAAUGUGAACAAUGUGGAUAAUAAUGUGAACAAUGUGGAUAAUAAUUUGAACAAUGUGGAUAAUAAUGUGAACAAUAAUAAUGUAAAAAGUAGUGGAGUUGAAAAAGGAUUUAUGGAUGGCUCUAGCAAAGGAUCAAAUGAUGAAAAUUAUUAUGUUGGCCAGACAAAUACAAUUGGCAAUACGAAUAAUAAUAGAUAUUCUACUCGAAAUAAUACAGCUGCAUGUGCUGCAGCAAAUGACAAGGGGAAUGAAAUUGAUAUAUCCAUUUUACAGGAAUUUGUUUCAAAAAAUAAAGAAGGUGGUGGUGUGUCGGUAGAUGGAGGAGGAUUGCUUGAGAGUGCUUUGAUCGAAAGAGGACUGAUUGAAAGUGGGUUACUGGAUAGUGGUUCAGUUAAUAAGAACAAUAUGUCAUUGCGUUUGAACUCGAAGAAUGUGAUGCUUGGAUAUAACGGUGAGGAGAAUAAUAAAAAAAAAAAAAAAAAAAAUAUAGUAGAAGAUAAUAUAAAAAAUAUGAAUAAUGUGGAAAAUAUAAAAAAUAUAAAAGAUAUAAAAAAUGUGAAUAAUAUGAAUAAUAUGAAUAAUAUGAAUAAUAUGAAUAAUUAUAAUUUCCUUUUUGCAGAUAAGAAAAAUAAGAAUAAUAAUUUGAACAUUGGUGUCAAGGAGGAAGAGAAGCGACGAAAACAGGUGGACGUGGUAGGCGAUGGAAGUGGAACACAAGCAUUGAAAAGAAGCAAGCGAAGUAAGAGUAAUAGCAAAUACAAAAUGGAUCUAAGAGUAGGAGACUUAAAAGAGGAUUUUGGAAAAGAUAUGUCUAAUUUAAUUAAUGAAGAGGAUAUAGAAAAUUUUAGAAAUACAUUUAAUAAAGAGUAUUUAAAAAGUGUACUAACAAAUGAUAAUAACAAUGAUGGUAUAAAUAAUAAUAAUGAUGACAAUAAUGAUGACAAUAAUGAUGACAAUAAUAAUAAUAAUAAUAAUAAUAAUAAGAACAAUAAUAAGAACAGUAGUAAUAAUAAGAGCAACAAUAAUAAGAAGAACUACAAUAAUAAGAACCAAAAUAAUAAUGAUAACAACAACGAUAAUGGUAAUAAUAAUAAUAAUAAUAAUGAUGACAAUAAUGAUGACAAUAAUAUUAGAAGUAAUUCAUUUUUUCUAGAUGGAAAAGAUAUUAACAAUGAAUAUAUAAAUAAUGAGAACUUUCCAAAUGACAUUCAGUCGUUCUUCAAGUUUUUAAAUUCUAAGGAUGUGAAAGAUGAGACUAAAGGAAAAAAGUAUUUGGAUUUUAAAUUGGGAAAUGGACUUGAUGGAGAGGAGGAAGGAGGUGGUGAUUAUGAUGAGAAGGAAGACGAUUUAUUAGAUGAAAAUAAGAAUGGAUUAAAUUUUUUAAAUGAUGAUAUUAAUAAUAAUAAUAAUAACAACAACAACAAUAAUAACAACAACAACAACAAUAACAACAACAAUAAUAACAAUAAUUAUAAUAAUGAUUUGUUUGAGGCUAUGAAAGCUUUUAUGAAAUAUAAUGGCAAUAUGAUGAAUAAUGAAAAAGGCGAAUUGUUAUAUGGUAAGGGUGGUAAUAAUAAUAAUAAUAAUAAUAAUAAUAAUAGUGGAACUUAUGUUAAGAAUAAGAAGAGUUCCAAGUAUGACAAUAAAUCAUAUGGUGGUGAUGGGAUUCCACGAAAAGAGAUGAAGAAAGAGAGAAGUAAAAAAUCACAAAAAUUGUUAAAUUCUCAAGUUAAUGAAUCGUCAGCACCCGCUAGUAAUUAUAAAGGUGGUGGAGUACAAUUUUAUAUGAAUUUAGAUACGACUAAUUUGUUGGCAGCAUCUCUAAUGACCAAUAAUAUAAUUAAUAAUUUGAAUAAUCAAGGUAAUGGAGACAAUUCUCAUGUUAAUAAUAAUUAUAAUAGUAAUGCUUUGGGUGAUAUGAUGAAAAGUAGUAAUAAGGAAGGUGUAGGUUUGUCUUGGUCUCCAUCAAAUAUGUGUCCUGAUAUUUUUUUCCAGGAUAUCCAAAAUUUCAUUAACUUUGCUAAGCGUAAGGAGCGUAUGAAUAAUGGAAAGGAGGAGAACGGCGAGGGUGUCCAGACGAAUGUGCGUAAUACGAAUAAUAAUGCGCACAUUGUUGGUAAUAAUAAUAAUAAUAAUAGAAAUAGUGGUAGUAUAAUAGAGAAUGAUGUGUAUGAGAAUUAUUUAAAGUCGCUUAUAGUUCAGUAUGAGAACGAGGAAAAGCUAAAGGAAAAACAGUACGUCCAAAUGAAUAACAACAAUAAUAAUAAUAAUAAUAAUAAUAAUAACAAUAAUAAUAAUAAUGUGAAGUAUUUCCAAUUUGGAGAUAAGGAAGAAGAAGAAGAUAAAGAGAAUUUGGCUAAUUUAGAUAAUGACAAAUUGGAAAAGGAAAAAAAUGGAGGAGGUGGUGUUGUGUCUUCUAGUUCUUCAUCACCUACUACUGGUUUUUUUCAAAAGUAUUUAAAUAUCUUUAGCAAGAAAAAGAAUGGAAAUGAAUCUGAGGAAUAUAUGAACAAUAAGAGUCAGGUGGAUAACUCUAAAUAUGUGGAAUGUGGGAAUGGAGACAAAGAAACGAAUGAUUAUAAUACGCGUCGAAAAAAGAAGGAUGAGAAAUUUAGUGUUAGUAGUAAUGCUUUAUAUGAUAUGAGUAAAGUGUUGAAUAAUAAUGGUUUGGGUAGUAGUAUGAAUAGUUAUAAUGAGGCUUAUAAGAAGAACUUAAAUUUCCUCUUACAAAAAAGUAGUAUGAAUAAUAAUAAUAUGAAUAAUAAUAAUAUGAAUAAUAAUAAUAUGAAUAAUAAUAAUAUGAAUAAUAAUAAUAUGAAUAAUAAUAAUAUGAAUUUGAAUGUAUAUAAUAACGUAACAGGAGAUAAUAACCAUAUGGACAAUUUAGACGGUGGCAAUAAUAAAGGGUUGAAAAAGUACAAUAACAAUUUAGGUUUUAAUAAUAUGUCGGAGGCAAGUUUAUAUGAAUAUUUUAAUUUUGCUGCGCUUAAUAAUAACAAUGGUAGUAAUAUACUUGGUCAAGAUAGAAAGAAAAAUGGACAUAUUUCUAUUAAUACUAAAAGUAGUAGUAUCUUUAUGAAUGGUAUGCACAUGAAUAAUUAUCACAAUAGUGUAAAUAACAUGAAUAGCUUUAAUAGUAAUAGUGACCAUAUGGAACCAAAGUAUGAUGGAUAUGAUGACAAUAUGAUGAGAGGAAUGGUAGAAAGGGCAUUAUCUUCAUCGCUUUAUUUUGAUAAUAAGCAAAAAGGAAAGGAAUCAAGUAACAAUUUGAACAAUAAUAAUAAUAAUAAUAAUAAUAUUAUAAAUAAUAUGAAUCAUAUGAAUUAUAUUAAUAAUAAUAAUAAUAAUAUUAUAAAUAAUAUGAAUCAUAUGAAUUAUAUUAAUAAUAAUAAUAAUAAUAAUCAAUAUGUGGAUGGUCAGUUAACAGAAAAUGAAAUUUCUAAUCUAAAUGUUGCUGGUAACGUUAAAAGUGGUAAAAAGAAAAAAGGUAGUACAAAUGAUGAUGAAAAUAUUAAUUUAAUAAAACAAUCCUUACCUAAAGGUAUUUAUUAUGAUCAUGCGAAAAAAUUAUACAGAGUGCAAUAUAUAAUAAAUAAUUCAAUAAAAACGAAAGGAUUUAGUGUAAAGAAAUUAGGGCUAGCACAAGCAAAAAUCGAGGCAGAAUCAUUUAGAAACUUUUGUUUAGAAAAUGGGUUAUUGAAUUCUCGAAAGAGGAGGUUAAAUUCUCCGUAUAAUAAGAAGGAUGAGAGUUUUAGUAUGAUGCCUGACAAUGAGGAGAUCUUAUCCAAUUUGUUGUUUUUGUAUAACUCGAACAUGAAUAAUAGUAUGAACAAGAUGAGUAUUAAUAAUGAUGGUAAUAAUAAUGAUGGUAAUAAUAAUGAUGGUAAUAAUAAUGAUGAUAAUAAUAAUGAUGAUAAUAAUAAUGAUGAUAAUAAUAAUGAUGGUAAUAAUAAUGAUGAUAAUAAUAAUGAAGGUAUUAAUAAUGAUGAUAAUAAUAAUGAAGGUAUUAAUAAUGAUGAUAAUAAUAAUGAAGGUAUUAAUAAUAAUGAUGAUAAUAAUAAUAAUGAUGAUAAUAAUAAUGAAGGUAUUAAUAAUGAUGAUAAUAAUGAUGAUAAUAAUAAUGAUAAUGAAAUGUCUCAAAAUGAAUAA